CAUUCAUCACCGGAACAAGUCCUGAUCCUCUUCGGAAGGUAGGGAAGAAGAAGUAAGCAAAUCCAACAACACUGUAGUCGCUGUAGCAACCCGAUCGAGGAAUUCAUCAUACCCUACACACUCCAUGAGUCUUCCGUUUGCCCAAAAGGUGUACAUCGUGGCGGCCAAGCGUACGCCCUUCGGAGCCUUUGGCGGUGCACUCAAGUCCGUCAGUGCGACGGACUUGGGUGCGCACGCGACCAAGACAGCACUGGCGUCCGGCAACGUGGAUCCGUCCCUCGUCGACGCCGUCUACUUUGGCAACGUCAUUCAAUCCAGUCCGGAUGCGGCCUACCUCGCCCGACACGUGGGACUGCAAGCCCAGUGUCCAAUUGCCACACCCGCUCUCACUAUCAACCGACUCUGCGGAUCCGGAUUCGAAACCGUCGUGCAAGCCGCCAACGGAAUACGACUCGGCGAAUCGCACGUUGCCGUAGCGGGAGGUACGGAAAACAUGUCCGCCGCGCCCCUUACCUUGGACGGAAACGUGGCGCGAUGGGGUGGAGUCAAAUUAGGACACGGGAUGAAGCUGGGAGACGCUCUCUGGGAUGGACUCACCGAUAGUCUCGCGCAAACACCCAUGGGACAGACGGCCGAAAAUCUAGCCACCCAGUACAACAUUUCCCGAGCCGAAUGCGACGAAUACGCCAUUCGCAGUCAACAAACGUGGGGUGCGGCACAACAGGCCGGAUUGUUCGACGCCGAAAUGGCUCCCAUGGAAUUACCCGGCCGCAAAGGCACCACCACGGUCGUGGACACGGAUGAGCAUCCCCGCGUCGAUACCCUGCUCGAAAAGAUUGCCAGCCUCCGUCCCGUCUUUUCCAAAACUGGCGUCGUUACGGCCGCCAACGCCUCGGGCAUUUGCGACGGAGCGGGGGCCGUCAUUCUCGCUUCCGAACAAGCCGUGCUCGAACACAACCUCACGCCGCUCUGCCGGGUCGUCUCGUACGGAAUUACCGGAUGUGAACCUACCGUCAUGGGUAUCGGUCCCGUGGAGGCCAUUCGGCAGGCCUUGCACCGAGCCAAUCUCAAGUUGGCCGACAUGGAUCGGAUCGAAAUCAACGAAGCCUUUGCCGCCCAAGUCCUGGCAUGUGCCAAGGAACUAGGCCUCGAUUGGGACAAGACUAAUCUGCACGGUGGCGCUAUUUCACUCGGACAUCCCUUGGGCGCGUCCGGUUCCCGCAUCGUCGCUCACCUUGCCCACGAGUUUGCCACCAAUUCCGCGGCACAGUACCACAUUGGCAGUGCCUGCAUCGGAGGAGGGCAAGGUAUCGCUGUUCUCAUGGAGCGAGUGUAGUUGGCGAAUACGACCGUGUAUGCAAAGUUGAUUGUCAGGAAAUUUACCAGGCAUGUCACGGAGUAUACAGACGAACGGGCACUGUACAGCCCAUACUUGGCUAGUAGGUAGGUAGGUGUUUAAUCAAACACAAAGCUGUAAGUAAAACUGAAUGUGAACGUGGAUCG